AUGAUAGAUCAGCGGAGUAGAUAUCCUAUCGUGGCAUUCACAAACAAUACCACAGCAAAGAACUUCACCAACAUUUGUAACGAUACCUUUGCACACUUUGGAAAUCCGGAAACACUUGUUUCCGAUAACGGACCACCGUUUCGUUCCAGUGAAGUGAAAAGAUAUAUGGAAAAGAGGAGUAUAUAUCAUAGGAGGGUUACGCCCCUAUGGCCACAAGCGAAUGGCGAGGUCGAGAGAUUCAUGUUACCAUUGACGAAAAUAAUCUGUACAGCACACAUUGAAAACAGGUCGUUCGCCGAAGAAGUGCUGAACUUCUUGAUGGCGUACCGUAUAGCACCUCAUUCUACAACAAACAUUCCUCCAGCCGACCUUAUGUAUAAUUACAAAAUACAAUGCGCUAUUCCCGACUUUAUCAGCAACGUUGAUGACUCCAUCGAAUUCCAGUUAAACAAAAAAUGA